AGGAGCAGGGAGGGCACAGUCAGGAUGGUGAGGAGAAGCCGGAGACAGAAGCUGCAAACAUUGACCAGGCUGUGCAGACAGGAGGAGGGGCUCAGGGUGAAGCGCAGCUGCCCUUGUGGCCUGGAGGCUGGGAGUGAAAAAAAGGAAAGAGGGAACCCUAUUUCUGUUCAGUUGUUCCCCCCAGAGCUGGUGGAACACAUCAUCUCGUUCCUCCCAGUCAAAGAUGUUGUCGCCCUAGGCCAGACCUGCCACUAUUUCCAUGAAGUAUGUGAUGCCGAGGGCGUGUGGAGACGCAUCUGCCGAAGGCUCAGUCCACGCAUGCGUGACCAGGGUUCUGGUGCCCGGCACUGGAAGAGAGCUGCCAUUCUUAACUAUACGAAGGGCCUGUAUUUCCAGGCGUUCGGAGGACGCCGCCGAUGUCUCAGCAAGAGUGUGGCCCCUAUGCUAGCGCAUGGCUACCGCCGCUUCCUACCCACGAAGGACCAUGUGUUCAUUCUGGAUUACGUGGGGACUCUCUUCUUCCUCAAAAACGCCCUGGUCUCCUCCACCCUUGGCCAGAUCCAGUGGAAGCGGGCCUGCCGCUAUGUGGUGUUGUGUCGAGGCGCUAAGGAUUUUGCCUCCGACCCAAGAUGUGACACGGUUUACCGUAAAUACCUUUAUGUUUUGGCAACUCGGGAGCAGCCAGCAGUGGUGGGCACCACCGACAGCCGGGCCUGUGACUGUGUGGAGGUCUACCUGCAGUCCAGUGGGCAGCGGGUCUUCAAGAUGACGUUCCACCACUCCAUGAGCUUCAAGCAGAUCGUGUUGGUUGGCCAGGAGACACAGCGGGCCCUACUGCUCCUCACAGAGGAGGGAAAGAUCUACUCUCUGGUAGUGAACGAGACCCAGCUGGACCAGCCACGCUCUUACACAGUACAGCUGGCCCUCAGGAAGGUGUCUCGAUGCCUGCCUCACCUGCGUGUGACCUGCAUGGCUUCCAACCAGAGCAGCACCCUCUAUGUCACGGACCAGGGGGGAGUGUAUUUUGAGGUGCAUACCCCUGGGGUGUAUCGUGACCUCUUUGGGACCCUUCAAGCUUUUGACCCUCUGGACCACCAGAUGCCACUUGCUCUCUCCCUGCCUGCCAAGGUCCUGUUCUGUGCUCUUGGCUACAAUCAUCUUGGCCUGGUGGAUGAAUUUGGCCGGAUUUUCAUGCAGGGAAAUAACAGAUAUGGGCAACUGGGCACUGGAGACAAAAUGGACCGAGGGGAACCCACACAGGUUCAUUAUCUGCAACGCCCCAUUGCCCUGUGGUGUGGCCUCAACCAUUCCUUGGUGCUGAGUCAGACCUCGGAUUUCUGCAAGGAACUGCUGGGGUGCGGCUGUGGGGCUGGAGGCCGACUUCCUGGCUGGCCUAAGGGGAGCGCCUCCUUUGUCAAGCUGCAUAUCAAGGUCCCCUUGUGUGCCUGCUCCCUCUGCUCCACCAGAGAGUGUCUCUAUAUGCUGUCCAGCCAUGACAUCGAACAAGGCCCUGCCUAUCGAGACCUGCCAGCCAGCAGGGUUGGGGGAAGCCCUGAACCUAGCCAGGGGGCUGGAGCCCCCCAAGACCCUGGGGGAACAGCCCAGGCCUGUGAGGAGUACCUCAGCCAGAUCCACAGUUGCCUCACAUUGCAGGACCGGAUGGAGAAGAUGAAAGAGAUUGUGGGCUGGAUGCCCUUGAUGGCAGCCCAGAAAGAUUUCUUCUGGGAAGCACUGGACAUGCUGCAGAGGGCAGCUGGAGGGAGUGGCCCAGGCACCUCAACCUCUGAGAGCUGAUCCCCUCCUGAAUGAAGUCAGGCCCUGGGCGAGGGCUGAGGAGAGAUGGAGUGGCAAAGAAC